CCCCCUAGAUGGCGCUGCGAAACUCACGGAAAUCGUCUGCAGUUUCUCGCCGAUCUGUCCUCGAGAUUCCUGGCUCGGGAUCGAUGUUUCCUUCUGAAUUUUCGUGUUUUUGAAGCUUCCAAAAUGAAAACUUUAUUGAUAUGUAUCUGCGUGUUUUCUCUGAUGCAAAGUGCCGCGGCUGAUCACGAGGUAUCUGCAUCACAGUUUUUAAAAGGAAAAACUCACACAAACAACUGGGCUGUCUUGGUUGAUACCUCUCGCUUCUGGUUCAACUACCGACAUGUGGCAAAUGUGCUGUCAAUGUAUCGCUCCGUCAAAAGACUUGGGAUCCCAGACAGCCAAAUCAUCCUGAUGGUUGCAGAUGACAUGGCAUGUAAUCCUCGCAACCCAAGACCUGCAACUGUGUUCAAUAAUGCACAACAGCAUAUUAAUGUUUAUGGAGAGGAUGUUGAAGUUGACUACAGAGGGUAUGAGGUUACUGUUGAAAAUUUUGUUCGGCUUCUUACUGGCCGUCUGGCUCCCAGCACUCCAAGAUCAAAACGCCUCUUGACUGACGAUGGAUCGAAUAUCCUUAUAUACAUGACUGGCCAUGGCGGAGAUGGUUUCUUGAAGUUCCAGGAUUCCGAAGAAAUUACAAAUGUUGAACUAGCUGAUGCUUUUGAGCAGAUGUGGCAGAAGAAACGGUACAAUGAAAUCUUAUUUAUUAUUGAUACCUGCCAAGCUGCCUCUAUGUAUGAACAUUUCUAUUCUCCAAACAUUUUGGCUAUUGCUUCAAGUCUUGUUGGUGAAGACUCACUCUCGCAUCAUGUGGACCCAGCUAUUGGAGUCUACAUAAUAGACCGUUUCACUUACUAUGCUCUUGAAUUCCUUGAGAGAGUGACUCCUGACAGCAAGAAGACAUUGGCUCAGUUUCUGCAAGUGUGCCCAAAGCAAGUCUGCAUCUCUACAGUUGGUGUUCGGAGAGAUCUGUACAAGAGGGAUCCAAAUAACGUCCUAAUAACAGAGUUCUUUGGGUCAGUUCGAAACGUAGAACUUACAAAUCAGCUUCUGGAUCUUCCCCUGUGUGAAAGGGCCGAUCAGCUUCAGAUUAAUGACUCCAUAGAAAGUGAACCAAGAGAUGAAAAUGUCAAGGCUCCAAAGAAAUUAGUUUUUGCUAAUCAGCUGCCCCUUCAUCGAGCAUCAUAGAUAACCAGUUUGAGUUUGUGUUAUAAUCUGCAUGCUGCUGGUUUUUGUGGUUAGCAAUUUUUUUAUUAUUAAUUUUCUAAAAUUGAAAACUGAUAUACACCUACAAAGAAUUGUGUAAAGAUAAUGAAAAGAUGAGAACUUGAGGUUCGUAUUGUCAUUUUGUUCAUCUUGUUUUACAUUGAUUUUUGACAGCCUUGUAACCAUGAAGUUGCUUAGUAUGAUGUACUAAAAUUCAGAAAAAUAAUAUAAAUACAAUGGACACAUAUUAUAAAACAUAUAGUUGGUACAAAUAUCCUUACCUAUAAGUGCAAACGAGUAAAAAAAUAAAAAAUGCUUUUCAUUUCAGACAUCAUAUGGAAUAUAAUAUUUGAUAUUUUUGACAUGUGAAAUAUAUUAUAUUAUUUAGAAAAUCAUACUAUAUGGGUUUUAGGGCUUAUGACUUGAAUUCUUUGGAAAUACUAGAUAUAAUAAUAUGACAAAGAAAUGCUCGUAUUAGCAUUAUGCAUUUUUCUUGAUAAUGCUCAGCUGUGAUCAUAAACUGUUCAGGAACAUAUUAGGAAUGUGUGUUGUGUAUGAGUACAUUGAAAGUUCAUACUUUAUAUGGUUCCUUUUUUACUUUUUAGGUGUGAAUGUGAAUUGCUGCUGAAAACCAAACAUUUAAAAGACAUUUCUUCCUGCUUUUAAUAGUGAUGAGUUUGAUCUCAAUUUAUUUAGGAGACUAAUUUCUUUUCUCAGUACAUAUUGUUGGCAUUGGAUUUGAUUUUAAAAAACUUGGGUAAUAGAGUGACCUAACUUCACAGUAACCACAAGGCUUUCCCCAGAAUACUAUGUUUUAUUAUAGAACAAAUGUCUUUUCUGCACAUAUUUCUGUAUAACUUUCUUUCCAAUGUCUAGUUUCCUUAGAAAUAUAAAUCUGAUCCCAUCAUUCAGGGAUAAACAGUUUUUUGCUCCCUUGACUGGAGAAUAAAAUAUUCUGGUUAUAUUUUUCUUAAUCAACUUUCUUUGGAAUCGACAUUGAUUAUAAGGUAAACAUGUACAGUACUAUUUUUUAUGCUGUUAAAAAAUUAAUAUAUAGUACUUUAUGGUGUUACUAUGCUGAAUCACUUCAGCAUAAAGCAUAGUAAAAUAAAUUAUUGUAUUGGGAUAUAUUUCUCAUUUUUCAUUUUUGUACACAUUUAUAAGCAAUUUUAUAUUUCUUAUGAAAUUAUAGUGAGAGUAAAAUGAAAGGAAGAACUCAUGCUGUAGAUAAAUAUGUCUUAUUUGAAGAUAAUAUUAUUUUGUGAAUAUGUUUUGUGAAUACGAAGAUGUACAUGUACUUCUAUCAUUCGUGAUUAAAAUAAAAGAUGUGUAAAGCUGA